AUGUCAACCGUCAUCCAUUUGCCGGGUCUGCGGUACUUGCGCAACGGCCAAGUUGAUGGCCUAAUCGAAGAACAUUCGGCCGAUAAAUCUGCACGAUUUCUACCACCCGGUUGGAAUAAAGAAGCAGAAGAACCUAAUUUCCACGUGGAUUAUGAUCAUGAUCAGCAACAGCAGCAGCAACAACAACAACAACAACAAUUCUGUGAAGGGCUUCUCAAAGUUCGGCAAACCAUUCCGCAAUUUACGCAAGACCAUUUCAUGCAACCAUCCACUUCCAUGUACCAUCCCUCCUAUUAUUUACCUCCGCAACAACAAGUCCCACCACCCCAACUACAACAGCAACCAUCUGUGCAUCAUCAUCAUCCUCAUUUACAACAACAUCCUCCACCGCAAGAACAGCAGCACCACCGGGAACAAAUGCUCUCGGAAGUGCUACAAAAACGCCCGGUUCGCAAGAGAAGACGACCCCCACAUUCCUACGCAUCGUUAAUAGCUCAAGCCAUCCUUACCUCGGACGAGCAAAAACUUACGCUUCGGGAAAUCUACGAAUGGGUCCAAACGAGGUACCCCCACUUGUACGAAUCUAAUGAAACCGGCUGGCAGAACACAAUCAGACAUAAUCUGUCAUUGAAUCGCUGUUUCCGCAAACUUCCACGGAUGCCGCACGAUCAUAUCGGCAAGCAUCAUAAAUCGUCCAAAGGCGGUUAUUGGAUUGUCGAUAUUGAGCAGUUGAACAAUACGACUUUUGGCCGCCAAAUUCUGGACAGCGGAUUCUUGAAUAACAUUGAAUACUGGCAGCAACAGCAACAGCACCAAUUAACGCAAACCACGCCGGCGCAUCAUCCGUUGGACUUGACACAUCAAACGACCAUGCGCCAUGGGGCCUUAGCUGAAACCGCGGGCGUCGAUGAGAUGGAUUUCAACCUUGUGUCCUCGUUUUACAGUACGGAUCAGCGAGAUUACACGGCCGAUAUGAAUGAGCAAGCUAAAGUCGCUUCUUUCUUAUCGAGAUUAAAGCGCCCAAUGUCCGCUUUCUCGGCCACUUUCGGAGGCGUCCCUAGUAGUCUGGCAAGUGAAAGUUCGAAAACAAGUUCCGUUCGUGGUAGUUCGUCUCCUCACUCACCUGCCACCGAUAUGAGCACCCCCACCAUGCUUCAACAUCAUCAACAGUCGUCACAAUCAUCCACUUCACCGCAGCAACAUGAUCCGCAAUGCAUGCAUUCCGAUCCUUCUAAAAAACUCGAACUAGAUCCUGCCGCUUUUCUUAAUCCAUCGCUCAUGCGGGUGAACAAUAUUUUAAACUAA